UAUAAACACCACAUUAUCGUAAUUUCUCAUGGUUACAUAUGUUGUGAUCAAGUAAGUACAUUUGAUUAACUUUGCAACAACAUCCGUAUUUUCCUAUUCUUUUCUUAUUGAAAUUAAAUUGACGUCCAAGCCGUCCAAUAGCACUCUUCCGCCGUUGGAGGCCGAAAGCCGAUCAAAACGCAGAACACACCAGGAAGCGCUCCCUUGGACCAAUCAGAUAUCACGUUGUCGGUUGACAGGAGGCGGGACUCGCGUCACCGGUGGAGGUCGGAUGUCGCCUGACCGGAUGAUAGCGAGAAGUUUUGUUUUGUGACUUUACGAAUGAUUGAUCCUCUGAUCACAGCACGUAUUACAACACAUGCGCGUCUUCUGUCAGUCAGCGAGUGUUUUACGCGCCGUUUGCCUUUGACAGACCGUUCUGGAAGCGUUUGAAGGGUGGAAACUGAACACUUGAAAGUAACCCGAGCGCCCUGCUGCUGCGAGCCCGUUCCUGCGCGCUGAGAGACGGCCAGAAACCAUGGGCAACCGGGGGAUGGAGGAAUUGAUCCCCCUGAUCAAUAAACUCCAAGAUGCUUUCAGCUCCAUUGGCCAAAGUUGUAACCUGGAUCUGCCGCAGAUAGCAGUUGUCGGAGGACAGAGCGCCGGAAAAAGCUCCGUGCUGGAAAAUUUCGUCGGCAGGGAUUUCCUUCCGCGAGGCUCAGGCAUCGUCACCCGCAGGCCUCUCAUUCUGCAGCUAGUAAACAACAAAGCCGAAUAUGCAGAGUUCCUACACUGCAAAGGGAGGAAGUUCGUGGACUUUGAUGAAGUCCGGCAGGAGAUUGAAGCAGAAACCGACAGGAUUACAGGCUCCAAUAAGGGCAUCUCUCCUAUCCCCAUCAACCUGAGAGUCUACUCUCCUAACGUAUUGAAUCUGACACUCAUCGAUUUGCCUGGGAUGACGAAGGUGGCAGUGGGCGACCAGCCGCCUGACAUCGAGCACCAGAUUCGGGACAUGAUAAUGCAGUUUAUCACCAGGGAGAGCUGUCUAAUCCUUGCCGUCACCCCAGCCAACAUGGACUUGGCCAAUUCGGAUGCCCUCAAGGUGGCGAAAGAAGUGGACCCUCAAGGACUGCGUACCAUUGGUGUAAUCACUAAACUGGAUUUAAUGGAUGAGGGUACAGAUGCCCGGGAUAUCCUGGAAAACAAACUUUUACCACUUCGUAGAGGUUAUAUCGGUGUAGUGAACCGGAGUCAGAAAGACAUUGAUGGCCGUAAGGACAUUCGUGCUGCGCUGGCAGCAGAAAGGAAGUUUUUCCUGUCCCACCCUAGUUACAGACAUAUGGCUGAAAGGAUGGGAACGCCACACCUGCAAAAAGCCCUCAACCAGCAAUUGACCAACCACAUCCGGGACACACUUCCCGGCUUGCGGAGCAAACUCCAGUCUCAGCUUCUCUCUCUAGAAAAAGAAGUGGAAGAGUAUAAGAACUUCCGCCCAGAUGACCCUACUCGAAAGACCAAGGCCCUGCUGCAGAUGGUCCAGCAAUUUGGUGUGGACUUUGAGAAGUGCAUUGAGGGAUCCGGAGAUCAGGUGGACACUGCAGAGCUGUCUGGAGGUGCCAGGAUUAACCGAAUCUUUCAUGAGCGCUUCCCCUUUGAGCUGGUCAAGAUCGUGUUUGAUGAAAAGGAGCUCCGGAGAGAAAUCAGUCACGCCAUUAAGAACGUCCAUGGUGUCAGAACUGGGCUGUUCACUCCAGAUCUGGCGUUUGAAGCCAUCGUGAAAAAGCAGAUCAUUAAGCUGAAAGAGCCCUGUCUGAAAUGUAUCGAUCUGGUUAUUCAGGAGCUCAUCAACACAUUCAGGCAGUGCACCAACAAGUUAAGCUCGUACCCUAGACUCCGAGAAGAGACGGAGAGGAUCGUCACUACUUACGUCAGAGAGAGAGAAGGGAAGACCAAGGACCAGGUUCUUUUGCUGAUUGACACUGAGCUGUCAUACAUCAACACCAACCACGAGGACUUCAUUGGAUUUGCAAAUCUGGAUCUCAGACGGUUGGAUGACGGUACCAUACCAGGGUACAGCAACAACAGUGCACAGCAAAGGAAUAUCGUCAACAAGAAGAGGGCCAUUCCCAACCAGCUAGGUGGCCUGAGAGAAGGUGAAGCUGAGAAGGUGAUCCGUAAAGGCUGGUUAACCCUGAACAUCAGCAUCAUGAAAGGAGGUUCAAAGGAGUACUGGUUCGUCCUGACUGCCGAAUCGCUGUCCUGGUACAAAGACGAGGAGGAAAAAGAGAAGAAAUACAUGCUUCCUCUGGAUAACCUGAAGCUCAGAGACGUGGAGAAAGGCUUCAUGUCCACUAAGCACAUUUUUGCAAUCUUCAACACUGAGCAAAGGAAUGUGUAUAAGGACUUGCGUCAGAUCGAGCUGGCCUGUGACUCGCAGGAGGACAUGGAUAGUUGGAAAGCCUCUUUUCUCAGAGCAGGCGUUUACCCUGAGAAAGAUCAGGUGGAGUCAGAAGAGGCAGCCCCAGCCGACAGCUUCUCCAUGGACCCUCAGUUGGAAAGACAGGUCGAGACCAUCCGUAACCUGGUGGACUCCUAUAUUGGAAUCGUCAACAAAACCAUCAGAGACCUCAUGCCCAAGACUAUCAUGCAUCUCAUGAUCAACAGCGCUAAAGACUUCAUCCACUCAGAGCUGCUGGCGUACCUGUACUCGUCUGGAGAUCAGAACAGUCUGAUGGAGGAGUCUGCAGACCAGGCCCAGCGCAGAGACGAGAUGCUGAGGAUGUACCAUGCCAUCAAAGAGGCACUCAGCAUCAUCGGUGACAUCAGCACCAGCACCAUCUCCACACCUGUGCCACCACCCGUCAACGACAGCUGGAUACCUGAAACCAGUCCCACCCCUCAGCGCAGACCGCCUACAUCUGCACCGCCCCCCAACAGGCCUCCAGCAGUGAGAGGUCCAACCCCAGGCCCUCCUCCUCUUAACCCCACCCCCUCAUUUGCAGCCCCACCCAUCCCCUCUCGGCCAGGUCAGCCCAUGAAUGCCUUUGGCAACAGCAGCCAGGAUCCUUUCAGCGCACCUCCACAGAUCCCUUCUCGCCCCGCACGCAUCCCACCAGGCGUCCCCAGCAGAAGACCCCCUGGCGCACCCAACCGGCCCACCAUUAUCCGCCCCGCUGAGCCCUCCCUGCUAGACUAGACCCGAGCGCUGGCCACCAUAGUGUGCUGGGCUGACAGAAACACAAACAGAGAAAGGAAUGGCUGGAGAACUGCACUGAAACAUGUGCACGUGUGUCCACACAAUACAGCCUGACCCAUAGACAUCCAAAAUAAGUGUCCUCUGACCAGCGCUGCUAAUCGCAUCUUAAAUCCCAGAGCUCAAAAAUUAAGCACAUAAAUAUUCAAAUACAUUUGUUAUUAUUAUUAUUAUUGCUGUUGUUUGUUUUGUUCAACUAUAGUGUGAACUAAAGGGUGUAGUGGCCUCCAACUUUCAGUUAUUUUCAUUACUCACAUUAAUCAGGUGACCACCAGGGGGUGUCCUACUCAGCUCGUGUAGACGAACCAACGGUAGACUUGACUAAUGGGUUAAGAUGUAAACAAGCACUGUGCAAGCUAGUUCAACUGGCCUGUCUUCCUGUUCUUGGGUGGUUGAAGACUCUUUCUUGUUAUAGACACACUUCUUCAUAUGUGGGUUUUGGUUUUCAUCCUUUAUUUUUUCCUGACUCUCUAACUCGAUAUGCUGAAGAAAAACAAAACAACUGUUAUGUUAUGAUGGGAUUGAUUUGAUCUGUUUUCCAUGUUUUCACAUUUGGCGGUUACUAUUAUUAUUACGUUCAUUGAUAUUUUUGGUUUGUUUUAACCAAUCAGAUGAAUACAGAAACAUUCAGUUGCUUCUGAAAUGUGCUAUAUUUGGUGUUGGCAACUGACAUCCUCUUUCUGUUGUGCUGCGAACUUCAAAAGCACUUCUAUAGUAUGGGAAUUUCUUUGAUAGCUAGCCCAAGGAGGCGCAACUUGUAUGGAAAUGACCUGUUUAUACAAAUAAUGGUUUUGUGUAUAUGAUAUAAUCCUGAAAAAGCACGGUAACCGAUACUGCCGGCGCUCUGUAAAAUAGAGUCUCAGGUAACAUCCGACUCCAAAUCUGGUAACACCGUUUACGCUAAAGCUUAGCAUUCUGAUCGUUGUAACUUAAAUUAAUCUGAAGGCUUUUAUUUCGCAAUCAGGGAUGUUGAAAUGGUUUUUUGAGAGGGAAAAAAACAUCAGGGCGCCACAGGAAGUGGCAAUGCGUUUAUACAUGGUACAUGCAGGUGAAUUAGUGGUCGUGGGGGCAUUUGCUACGUUUAUGGAUCCAAUCCGUUUUCGCCUACACAAACACGGGGAACUUUCUGACAGCAAAAACUGGGAACUUUUAACAUAGAGAUCAUAGAUGUACUAAUAGAGUGUAUUAUUUAUAACCUGGGCAUUUGUCUUUGUUUGCAUUUUUCACAAACUCUGCUUCGGGAGUAGAUGACAGAUUUGGGCCCCUAACAAUGUUUGAAUGGAAUUUCGAGUGAAAUCCUGGUUUUGAUUGCAUAAUUGUUGAUGUUUUAUUGAGGGAAAUGGACCGUGACGAAUUUAGUUUUUUCAUUUGAGGAUACCAAUGUGGUUUUGAUCAAUAUGUGUGAGGAACUUUGAUUUUAGCCUGGUGCAUUUUUUUUUUUUUUUGUAAAUAAUCAAAGACUUGGAGUCGGACGCGGAGUAAAAUGUUUCUGAAUGCUUUUAAAUCACUCCUGUGUUAUGGCUCCAGUGAUGACGACUGCUGCUUUUUCUUCACAAUACAGUGCAGUCAAAGUUUGAAGAAAAUAAAAUUUAUACUCUUUUUCAAAUGACCUGUUCAAAACUGGACGAAGCCCAAAAUCACUGCAGCCAUAACUUUCCUGUGGUCUAUAAGGUUAUGGUGAGCCUUCUCUGCCUCUAAUAACUGUCCUUUUGUAAGUUGUGAGGGACAGAGGACAUGUUCAGCGUUCUUUUUUUAAGCUUUUUGGAAUAACAAAUCAUUGUCAAGUGCCUGUGUAGCAAAUUAAAAUGGACCUGGAGCAAAACUGCACAAUGAGAAUUGAAAGUGCGAUAAUAAAAGGUGUUGUGUAUAAUAAAGAUCUGGCGCUCUGGUGGUCGGUG